AUGCCUUUCGGUAUCAAUAAUCCUCUGCCCGCGUCGAUGCGAAGUGAGUGCAAAAAAGCUGGCAAGAUCUUAGCAUCCUUCGUCGACCCCAGACAGAGCUUUGGUCCAGACAAGAUCAUUCCUCCUCAUAUUUUAGCAAAUGCCAAGGGCUUGGCUGUCCUUACUGUAUUCAAGGCUGGCUUUGUUGGCUCGGGUCGACUUGGUUCCGGCAUUGUUGUCGCUCGACUCGCCGAUGGCUCGUGGUCAGCUCCCUCUGCAAUUGCGACUGCCGGCGGUGGGUUUGGUGGUCAAAUAGGUUUCGAGUUGACGGAUUUCGUCUUUAUCCUCAACGAUGCUGCCGCCGUCCGCACCUUCUCCCAAGCCGCUUCGGUCACCCUGGGCGGCAAUGUCAGCAUAGCUGCAGGGCCUGUUGGAAGAAAUGCCGAAGCCGCUGGUGCUGCUAGUCUGAAGAGCGUGGCUGGGAUUUUUGCAUACAGUAAAACAAAGGGCCUAUUCGCUGGUGUCAGUUUGGAAGGUAGCGUCUUGAUUGAGCGGAGGGAUGCCAACGAGAAGCUCUACAGUGGCCGAAUUACUGCACGACAGCUAUUGGAAGGCGGUGUGCGACCCCCACCCGCUGCUGAUCCGUUGAUGAGGGUCCUCAACACUCGAGUCUUCUCGGGAGCUGCCUUCAAUGAUGGAAUGUACAAUGAUGUACCCAUAUAUGACGACCAGCAUGAUAAUGUGGUUUGGGAAGGAAGAACAGGCGAUGCCUUCGGUGCCAAUACCCGCAACAGCCGAUCGAACACCUUCAAUUCACAAAACGAUAACUACGAGUACCGAGACAACCCGCGCCGAGCCAAUACCUGGGCUGAUGAUGUUUACGACCGUUCACCGACGGGGGGACGCGCCAACCCCACUGAAACGUUUGAGAGCAUGAACAGCCGAAGUCGAGCAAGCACACUACAAAAUGACUAUACGGGCUAUUCCGACAACAGACCAAACCGACCAACAGCACCAAAGCCAGUUUUCAAGCAAAAGACAGGAACUGCUGGACUCCGUUCCGAUCAAGCGGUAGCACUGUUUACAUUCGAUGCCGAUCAAGAUGGUGACCUUGGGUUCAAGAAAGGCGACGUCAUCACCAUCACAAAACGCACCGACAACAAGACUGAUUGGUGGACCGGUCGAACAGAAGACGGUCGGACCGGUGUCUUUCCUUCAAAUUAUGUGGAGACGGCUUCAUGA